GUCGGGAUGUUUGCGCUUCCGGAGCUAGGGUUUAGAAAUAAGGUUUAACGGGAAAACGAGGAAGCUCCGAGCAGACGCACCCCGCCUUGCUCUCGGCGAUGGCGAACGCAGCGCCCGCCGCGACGCCCGUGGACGAGUCUCUUUGGUGGGACUCCUUCGUCGCCCUCUUCGACGAGCUCGACAAGGUUCCUCACUCCGAGAAGCUCCCGGAUCACCUGGCGGAGAAACUCAGGCGAAACCACGCCUGGUUCUUGAACUCGGUUACGCUGUUCAAACCUCCGGAUCAGACAUCGAGGCUUGCGCUAGAUUCUCGUGAAAUAGCAGUUGGAUCACAUCGAAUUUUAGUGAAGCCUGAGCUCAAAAAUGCUGCUCUUCGAUUUAGCGAACUCAUGUGCUUAAAUGAGGUGCAGUCAUACAUCCUUGUCCAUAGAGCCUACAGGAUUAGUAAGUUAGUUGCUGACGUUGAAGACAAAGAGUUUCUGCAUUCUGUAUUGCUGAACUAUUUUCUUGAGCGACAGUGCUUGUUGCAGUGCCUCAGACGGAUCUUUGCGAAUGCAUUACACACAAGCAAUGGUUUGCUUUCAACAGAAGCUUUUAAGGGCAUAGCGUUGCAGUUAAUCAAUGAUGGGUUUGAACGGAAGCUACUGACCAUCUUCCAAGAUCUCCUUUUAUCUGUUUUUUCUGAUCAAACUGAAGUUGAUCUCAAGAUUCUUUGGGUGGAUGAGAUAUUGAUUGAAGAAAACCUACUAAUGGACAUUUUAUUCCUUGCUUAUUAUGAUAAUUUUUGUAGUUGCAAGAUUGAGCAAUGGAAAACUAUGUGCUCACUUUUCAAGGAUGUACUUUGUGGGUCACUUAAUAUAGGGAAAGUAGCAGUUUCAACAGAAGCAAGAAAUUCAUUCGCUCAUGUGAGAGCUAAGAUGGUGCUUAUACUUAUUGAAACCCUGGACCUAGAAAAUCUACUUCAUAUGGUUCAUGAUCAGAUUCCAUUCAGGGAGGGUGGUUCUGUAUUUUCUGUAAUUGACAUCAAAGAGAUGGAUGCUCAAGUGUCAAGUUUUUAUGACUUAGGGGCUGUGGAAGCAGGGCCUCUGCUUCUUGCUUGGGCAGUUUUUCUAAGUCUAUUGUUAUCCCUUCAUGAGACACACAAUAGUAGUACCCUAAUGGAGAUUGAUCAUGUCAGUUAUGUUCGCCAAGCAUUUGAGGUUGCAGCAUUUGAUUAUAUACUUGAGAUUCUUGGCAAUGACACAUUCAGAGAUUCUGAUGGUCCUGUUUCUGGUUUCUUAAGUGUCAUGAGAACAUUCUUGUCUGCUUUUAUCGCCUCCUAUGAGCUAUCCCAUCAGAAAGAAGACAACACUCUGAUCAAAAUUUUGGACAUCCUAUACCAUAUAUACCAUGGGGAGGAAUCACUUGCCCUGCAGUUUUGGGAUAAAGAAUGUUUCGUUGAUGGUCCAAUUAGAUCUAUCCUUUUUAUGUUAGAGAAAGAGUACCCUAUUCAUAUCACUGAAUUUGUACGUUUGUUGUCUGCCGUUUGUGAAGGAUCUUGGCCUGCAGAGUGUGUGUACAACUAUCUAGAUAAGAUGAGUGGUAUAACAACACUGUUUGAGAUUUCUGGUGGUUAUGGUGAUAAAACUGUUUCUGAUAUCAUUGAGACUCAUCAUCCUAUAGAAGUUCCUGGUGUUGAAGGCCUUUUGAUACCUAGUGGAACCCUUGGCCGUAUCUUGAAAUUCCUUGCCCCAAAUAUUGCUAUUGUUUGUUGGGAGUGUGCACAUUCAGGCAUUUUGCUUCUCGUUUUGCGUUUGACACAGGACUUUCAUUCAGAUAAUGUGGAUGAUGUAUCACUCACUCUUAACCUUUUGCACCGGAUAAUAUCAUUCAAUAAGGCUCUGGGUUUUGCUUUGAUGGGCCUGGACAAGUCAUUGCCUAUUCAAACAUCUAAAAAUAGCAUGCAAUUGGCAAUGGGCAUGAGUGUUGAUAUGGUCAAGAUCAUCUGCACCUUGAUCUUCAAGUCAGUACAAGAUGUCAGCAAAACACAAAUACUAUCUGUCUCUUUGGACAUAUUGACUGAGAUGCUCAAAUGCGUACCUUCUCAUGUUAUUGAGGCAGUGGUGAAAUCAAAUAUUUUUGAUGUAAAUACUAGUGGCACUUCAAGUGGUACUUGGUUGCUUUCAGGAGGCCUUGUUAGGAUGCUGAUGGAAGACUCUGGGGAAAAGGAUGAUUCUUAUGCAUUAGCUGCUUCAGUUCUUGAUUUCACUGUUCAGCUUGUGGAGAAAGGAGCAGAGGAUAACUUGGUUUCUGCUUUUAUUAUAUUCUCUCUUCAGUAUGUCUUUGUCAAUCAUAUGCAUUGGAAGUACAAGUCAAAGCAUUCUUGUUGGAAAGUGACACUGAAGGUUUUUGAAGUAAUAAAGAGUUGCAUCAGAGCAUCAAAGGAUUCACAAAAGCUCAGUGGCAUCAUAUGGGACAUUUUACUUUAUGACUCCUCUGUCCAUAAUAUCCUCUGCCGGAUUAUGUGUAUAUCAGCAGAGGCCUUGAGGUCAUAUAUCAGUCACCAUCAUGAAUUCAAGGAAAUUGAAUACCUUCAGCUUGCCAUCUGUUCUGCUUUUGAUGUAUUAUGCUCUAUUAUGCCUUAUAUAUCACAGGAAACUGCUUCAAACGUGUCAGCUCUUGUCCAGAUGGUGUUGUCACCUUCAAUUAAACCAUUCCCUGUUGUUCAAGCAACAGUGUCCUUGAUUUCCUUCUCUGAAAAUUCUGCCAUUCAAGUGGCUGCGACUAGAGCUCUUUCCUCUUUGUGUUUUAUAGCAUCGAGACUUCAGUCAUACACGGUGGAGAAUGUCAGCCCUGUUGCAGAAGCUGUUCAGAUAAAAAAUCUGCAGAUGGCUGUUUUGUGCAUUCUAGAUAAGGAAGUGAAGAUAGAUGAAGAUUUGAUCAUUGCUACAUUUGAUCUUCUAAGUGCUGUUGCUUAUUAUCAGCCCGCUCUCCUCAGUUCUCUGAUAUUUUCUGAGGAAAAAGAGGAGGUAUCAUCGGAUGUCACCAGUGAUUCAGUGAAGCAACUUGCUGCUGUUCCUGUUGCAGAAAAUUUGGGUUCAUAUAGUGCUACUAGUCCAAUUGAAGCUAUUCGAAACUAUGUAGAGAGUUCAGAGAUUCUUUUCGACAGUGCACCUCAUUUACUGUUGAGUAUCCUUAAUUUUUUGAAGGCUUUAUGGGAAGGGGGUAUCCAAUUUUCAAAUAUAUUAGGGAAGAUUAGGGUUUCUAAAAAAUUCUGGGAACGCUUGUCAUCAUUUCUCUCUCCAACUCAUGUUAUGAAUGGUCUGCUGAAGAAAAGUUUCAACAAUUCGAAGACUCAGUGCUUAUCAUUAAGGUACCGGUGCCUGGGUAAUGUUCUAGGGAUCAUGGCACAUGAACUCUUUUUUCUGGAAAAAAUAAUGCAAUGUGAAAAACCUGAGAAGGUGACUUGCACAAGUACGGUUAAUGCAACAUCAAGACGUGCAAAUGUACUGUAUGCACAAGAGAUUCUGUCCACCUGGUUUGUUGAUAGCUCUUUUCUGGAAAACUUGAUCAAGUCUUUCUCUGACAUUGAAUAUGACAAAGAGGUUGUCUUUCGUGCGAAGGUAGCUGUUUGUGUAUGCAUAAUACAUUUGAUAGCUAAGUUAACUACUGGUAAUGCUGGGAGCUUGUCCGUGUCUUUGGUUAAGAAGAUCCAUGAAAUCUACAACAUGUUAAUAGCACAUUCUGCAUUUUCUACCCUGUUGUCACUAUAUUCAUUGCGUGGCUAUAGUGAGGAGAAGGAACUUACAAGUCUUAUAAUUAGUGAUCUUUAUUACCAUCUACAAGGAAGGCUGGAGGGUCGGGAGAUUCCAUCCGGUCCAUUUCAGGAGCUCUCAAGUUUCCUGCUUAGUUUGGGAACAUUUGAGUGUAAUGAUGAGAAAUAUGAGAGGAUUUUUUUUCUUCACCUUGAAAAUAUCAGCAUGUUUGACAUAAAAAAGGUACAGGAGGAGAUUGGAGUAGAGCUGUGGGAUCUUUCUGAUUGGACGACAUCUAAAGAAGUUGCUGAAAGCAUGUUCAUGCACAUGCAUUCUGCAAAUUCGUCUUUGACCAUUGCAAGCUCCAAACAUUUUGCUUUAGAAGCUCUUGUAUCUGUCAUAGCUGUGUACAAGGGAAAUAUGAACAAUACAAAAGAAUCAUUCUUACAUGGUAGAGAUAUCUCAGAGUCAGUUGUUGAAUCAGGCAUUCGACAUCUUUGCAGUUGUUUGCAGCACGUGGCAGAUAUGCUAGUUCAUGAACAAAAUAUGCCUGAGGGUUUUCUAAGAGUUUUUAUAACCCAACAAGAGUUGUUGCUCAUUCUUUCAGUUAUCUUAUUCAAACAUAAUUCACAUAGAACUAACAAGAUACGGUUCCUUCCUCUUUCUAUACUUGUAACUAAAUCAACUGGCUCAAUCAUCAAAGUUUGUGCUGAUGUCAGGCCAAUAACUCCUCUCCUGAGAAAAGCAGUUAAACUUGUGCUGACAUUGCUCUUGACAUCACAUGAAUUCAGUAACAAUAUGUCACAUGCAGAAAAUAAGUCUGAUUUUGAAGUCAAGCUGUUAGCUGAUGCAUCGUUCAUAAGUAUUGGACUUCUACCAGUUCUUUGCAAGUACACACAAGAUGCUGAAUACUCUAAUCUUUCUGUGGCAACAAUGGAUUUAAUUAUGAAAGCUUUAAAUCCUGAUACUUGGUUGCCAAUUAUAAGGAAGCAUUUGCCGCUCCAGCAUAUUCUCCAAAAUAUCCAGGAGAGAGAAGCUCUAGCUUCUGCUCCUGUGAUUUUUAAUUUCUUGUUGACUUUGGGACAUACAAAAGGUGGAGCUGAGAUGCUUUCUUCUUGUAAGUUUUUGUCUUCAACUAUGGUUCUCUUAAGCAAGUUACAUGAUGGUAGGCCUUUCUCAAAUAAUCUGGAUCAAAGUGAGAUUACCACCAUUUAUGAUGAAAAGCAUGUGCAUAUUUGGGUUACCAGUUUGGCUAUCAUCAUCUCCCUGAUACAAUCUUUAGGUGAUGACAUCUCUUAUAUGGAUAUUAUGGUCAGUGCUCUGCGCUAUUUCUUUUCUGAGAAGCCUUAUAUGCUCUCAUUUUAUUUUUCUGCACUGAAUCGUCUUGCCAAUGAUCAUAGCAUGAAGAGAGCACAAACUCAUAAAUUUCAGAUAUCUCUCACAGCUCUUAAACUUAUGGAAAACAGCCUCAUGCUUUUAUGUGUGCUUGCAAGAUAUCAAGCCUCAUGGAUUAAAGGCAUGAAAGAAAUGGAUUCUGAGCUAAGAGAGACUAUCAUUCAUGUUUUGGCAUUUACAAGCAGGGGGGCUCAGCGCGUUGGGGAUUCAUCAGGUAGGUCCUUGACUCUUUAUUGCCAACCAACUACCAAAGAAGAGGUUGAGCUUAAUAGAAGGCCAUCAUUCAUUAGGAGUCGACAUGGAUGGUUUACUCUCUCCACUGCUGGUUUUCUCACUAAAACUACAUCUUCUGAUUCCUUAAGCACAACUUUGUCUGUGGUGAUCAGAGAUGAGGAAAAUGAUAAUGCUGAUUUGGAUUACCGGUCUCAUUUCUCUGACACAAUUGCUAUACAUAUUUAUCGGAUAGUUUUUCUUCUUCUACAAUUCUUGUGCAUGCAAGCUAAAGCAGCCGUGAAGAGGGCAGAUGAAGUGGAGUUUGUGGAUCUUGCAUAUUUUCCUGAGCUUCCUUCGCCUGAAAUUCUGCAUGGCUUACAGGACCAAGCCAUUGCUAUUGUCACUGAGCUUUGCAAAUCCAGCAAACCAAAUUCCAUUGAGCCAGAAACAGAGAGUGUUUGCUGUUUGCUCUUGCAGAUACUGGAAAGAUCAUUGUAUUUGGAAUUGUGUGUGUCACAAACUUGUGGGAUCCGACCAGUUUUAGGGCGCGUCGAAGAUUUUACCAAAGACAUUAAAGGACUAAUCCAUGUGGUUGAGCAGCAUGCAAACUUCAAUCAAGCUCUAAAGUCAUUAAGGCAGAUAUUAGCACUUCUGUACCCUGGAUUGAUGAAGACUAGUAAUUUUGUAUGACGUGCAAAUGUAAAUGAUCAACUCUUUUUUUUUUCCCUUUUCAUUGUCAAGAAGCUACAGAUCUGCUAAUCCAUAUUGUCCAUCUUUACCUAUA